GGAGUCUAAUAGAGAAAGAGAGAGGGAUAGGGAGCUUGUUGUUCACCCGCCUCCAUCCAUAAUGUGACUUCGAGAACACAGUACACAGAGCAUCAUUCACCGUGCCCGCUUCUUCUCUCGUCUCCCACGUUCACAUCGCAAUCUCCCGCUCUAUGCUCGCGCAGAUGUGGACUUGAAAAAUUGCCGUUUGUAUGUAAUUGCUCGACAUGUAUUUCACAUUAAAUUAGACCGAACCUGAUGACUGCUUGUCACAAGUAGACAAAUGCUGUUUUUGGGAAUAAAAUAAACUAAACAUUUUCUUUUUGGGUGCGUAGGUUGGUUGUCUUGACUAAAGCAACAGUAUGGAUCUCUCAUUUAUGGCUGCACAGAUCCCAGUCAUGACGGGGGCCUUCAUGGACUCCUCACCCAAUGACAACUACAGUGCCGACCACUCGCUCUUCAACUCCUCGGCCAGCGUCCACGCCGCCUCUGCGGCCGCCUCAGCCCAGGCCCAGCAGGACGACCAGUCCUCGUCCAGUGAUGCCAUCUGGCUCUGGAUUGCCAUCAUCGCAACUAUCGGCAACAUUGUGGUGGUGGGAGUGGUCUACGCAUUCACCUUCUGAUCCAUCUUGCCUUCCUGUCCACCAAGCCAAACAUUAGUGAACCUCCCCAUGGGGGAACGUGAUAAAAGACAAAGGAUAAAUAUCACAUCAUGUAUGACCAAAGGGCUCCGGGAUGCAAACGCUGACUGUGGUGUGGGGUUUCUUUAGUUGAAGCUUCAGCAACAUUCACUUUCAAUAAAAAAAAACUCUACGUUUCAGGAUAGGAACAAUAUACGCAGUACGCACAAGUUCAACUGAAGUCUGAAUUGUAUUUUCAACUUUAGUCGCCUAACUUUGAGUAGCAACCACGCCCCUGGAUGUUGUUGUGUUGCGUUGUGGUGCUGAAGGGGAUAAGAUACGGACAGGGUGAACCGGACCAUCUUAAAUGUCCCCCAGAUAGAUGAGAGGCAAUUAAUAGGAGUGCUGCUUAAUUAUUUGGAUGAACAGAGAUGUGAAUGAUAAAACAUUUAAGUAACGCUGGGAAUACUUCUGCAUUAGCCAUGGGCUCAGCUUCUUACAGUUCGUUAUCUGUUCUGCCAAAAGAACGCUCAAAUGAUUAUCUUUCCUUUGUAAAUCGACAGAAAAUGGACCAGUGGACAUGGUCUUUAAUGAAACAUUACUGAAACCCUACAACUGUUUUUGCUUCUCCGUUUCUGUAGCAAUGCCACACCAGUUUAUGGUCAAAUAAAGAAAAUCACUCCACCAUCUAAUUUACUCUGCUAAAUCUGCAUCUGAAACAUUAUUUAUUACACCACAGUACAUCUAUCAUUGACAUUUCACUUUUUUAUAACAAAUUUCUCACAAAGACAUUAAAGUAUAUGACCAUGGUAGACCUGAAAGAUAUAAGCACACUUUACAUGAGCAGAAAUAAUGUACAGCUUUAGGUUGUCAUAGCCUAAUUGUUAUUUAGCUACCCUCUUUGGAGUCUUCAUGUGCUGUAUAAGCUAAUUAAGCUGUGAUCCAUCUGUUUCUAUCAAGCUGGUCUCUUUAAAUGUAGAACUGUUCAGUGAAUUUUAUUUUUGCUGCCAUGGGGUCCAGGGCCAGUUGAGAAUAUUAACAGGCUCUUUUCAAGACAUUAGCGAGGACCCUGGUGUCAACACAGUGGGUGUUCUCAAGUCCCCAACUCUCUCCAAACGUUGUACCAACACACAGAUUCUAUUGUACAUGUACAUGGAUGUCAGGGGUGAUCAUUUCUUAAGGUUGUCACAGUGUUAUGAGCUUUAUUAUUGAGCUUAAUUAUUGACUGCUUUCUGUCUAGAAAGGAACUGAAAAGAACCGACAAGGUUGGUAAAUGUGAUGGAUUGAUAAAAACAUGUUUAAUCUCAGCCCCAAAGCGUUCUGUUCAGCUGAAAAGAGCUGAUACAAGAAGGAGCCGCUCCCUUUUUGAUUUUAUUUUGUCUUCUCUCUAGGAGACCGUUGUUCUUGAAUGUUGGCUGGCUUGCCCUAACAGCUGCAAUUGUAUCUGAGAGAGUGAUAAAUCAAUUUGGUCCAAGUUCCCCAUUAUAAUAAUUAGGUGGGUGCUUACAUUUGUCCUACACCACACGUACAAGUGCAAAUGUGUUUUUUUGCAUAUCCCACUCCCCCUCAGAGUGCGACAGAGCCAGAAAUCAGACAUUAUUGGCAGCAACCCUGGAGCAAUUAGGGUUACGUGCCUUGCUCAAGGGCACAUCAACAGAUUUUUAACCAAGUCAGCUUGGUAAUUGAACCAGUGACCCUUCGGUUACUGGCCCAACACUCCUAACAGCUAGGCUACCUGCCACCAGUGAGUUGUUAUAUCAGACACAUUAUAUAAUGAUUUAUGAAUAGCUUUACACAUGCAUUGCUGAAGUCAAUAGCAAUUUUCUUGAGUAUACAUCCCCCGCUCUUGAGUUGAUGCAGAGGGUCAACAUUGAUUCCAUCGACCUUUUUGACAUAUUUUUGUGAUAUAUUAUAUAGGAUUUUAAGUUACAGCGCAUCAUAUAAGCUAUAUAUAAGCUAGAAAGAGAGUAGGGGCUGUUUGUAUUCAAUGACGUUUCUUAUGUGACCUUGAUAAAAUAAUACUUUGUAGUAAGACUCUAGAAGGUUGUAGAGGGUUUCUCAUGUCUUGGUAUAUGUAUACACUGUACAUAUUGGUAUUUAUAUAACAUACAGUAAGUACUUACUUACAUUAACCAAUUACGAUAGAAUUUCCAGCAAAUUGUAUUAUUCAAAUCCCCAAUAAGAGGUAAAAUGUGUAAGUGUCUAGCAAUGUUGUAAUUAAAAUACACAAUAUUCUUUUUUGUAAGAAAAUGUAUUACAUUAAAGUUUCAGGAUUGCUGUA